AUGUCGUCCUCUGAUCAAAAUGAAUCGAGUUCAACAAUAGCAUCACCCUCAACAUCAUCGACUAUACUGUGGCAAUCAACGAUCAAUGAUCGAAGAAUGGAAACUCAUGGUGUACAUGUCUGUUCAUCUGUAUGUUCAGUCGAUAGUAGUGACCAACGAUGUAUGACUCAAGCACCGUCUUGUACAACCAAUCAGGGUCGCCAAUCACAAGUGCAUAGCGACAUAAGUGUGACAACAUCUCAUGGCAUUAUUUCGCCAUGUGAGGCCUUGGCUGAAGAAGAGUUAAUCGAACGAUUGAAAGAAAUUAUCAACCAAUUUAUGACUCGUCCUGAUCGUAAAUAUUCGUAUGAUGCAACAAUGCGAUGGACAAUCGACCAUGGUAACGAGAUCAAUUAUAGUGUAGUGAUCUUCAUUAACCAACCUUCGGAUUUAUUCUAA